GACAGUGUUUGAUAUCUGUUUUUACCCCUCAGUAUUUUCCUGUUUAUCAAAACUGGCGUCUCAUUGACUCUGAAGGCAACGACAUGGGAGGGGUCGAGAGAGGACGGUGAUGCUGUAUAAUAAGAGGUUUGUUAUGUUCAGGUGCCAAAGGUGAGAAGAAGAACAGAAGCAAGCAUUACCACAAACUCAACACACACCCUGCGUGGAGUUCAGGACUUACAUGAGAUACAGUAUGGUUUGUCUCAUUUCAGUGACCCUGCUCUUGUCAGUAGUAUGUGGUAUAGGAGCAUAUAUUCCUCAUCGCUAUCACUUUGUGAAUGAGAAUAAAACCUGGAGUGAAGCUCAGAAUUACUGCAGAGAGAAAUACACUGAUCUGACCUCCAUCAACGACAUGGGAGAGAUGAUGAAGCUGAAUUACACACUGAAGAAGGAAACUGUAAAGAAAGCUUGGAUCGGUCUAAAGAGAGAGGGCACUGGGGAAUGGCAGUGGUCUCUGGCAGACCAAACUUUCUACAGAGACGGAGACAUUUACGGAAAGUGGAGUAGUGGAGAACCAAACAACAACGGGGGAAAUGAGUUCUGUGUUGACAUGGUAAAAAGCACUGGUUCCUGGAAUGAUGACUACUGUCAUAGAACAAUCUCGUUUGUGUGUUUUGAAAAAAAGAACACAAACACUAGUAGAUACAUGUUGAUUAAUGAGAAAAAGACCUGGUAUGAUGCUCAGACCUACUGCAGAGAGAAACACACCGACCUGAUCAGUGUGAGGAACCAAACUGAGAAUGAGGAGAUCUGGAAAGUGAUUCAAAGUGCACUUGAUGUAAAUGUUUGGAUUGGUCUGUUUAAAGACUCCUGGAAGUGGUCAGAUCAGAGUAAUUCCUCAUUCAGAUACUGGAGCUCUGACAAACCCAGUGGAGGUUUGAACUGUACUGCAGUGAAUGUGUCUGAUCAAGACCACUGGACCAAUGUGGACUGCACAGAAAAACUCCCCUUCAUCUGCCAUGAGAAGAGACUGGUCUUGAUUAAUCAGAGUCUGACCUGGUGGGAUGCUCUGAACUACUGUAGGAACCAUCAUUAUGACCUGGUCUCAGUGAGCUCUGAGGAGAUGCAGCUCUGGGUGAAGGAAGUGGUUCAAAACGCCUCCACCGAACACGUGUGGCUCGGCCUGCAUCACGACUGCAUCCAGCGUAUCUGGUUCUGGGUUUUUGGAUCGAUGGUCUGCUACCAGGACUGGGCCACGGGGAAUGGGACAUGGAAUGAAGACUGCAGCCAUGAGAGGAGAAGCGGAGCAAUGCAGUCUGGAGGAAAGCAGCAGUGGAUCGAACUGUCUGAGGGCUACAAACUCAACUUCAUCUGCUCUACCUAUGACGAUAUGUUUUAAUAACAUGAAGACUGAAGACAAGCUGUGGUCCUCCAUCUGUAUGCAACAUCAGCAGAUCGACAGUGCUGUCUCUUUAAUAUUAUAUUCCUUAUAUACAGUACAGUUGUACCAUGGUUUAACCUCUUUAUGCAGAUGUUUCGUAAUUCAGAGUAUAUAACAUAUAUUGGCAUUUUCAUCUUACUUAUUACGUUAGAUUUUCAAACUGUUUUAAUUUCACAGAUAACUCAACAGUGUAUGAGAUGAGUAUGUUAGCCAUGUUAUUCUUGAUUCCUAUAUUAAUAAAGGGUUUUGUGAGUAAUUGAAGUGAAAUAUCUUUAUUUAUUAAUUUUUUUAUAGAGUGUUGUUUUUGGUGUGAACAAAUAUUAAGUCUGUUCUGAAUGCACAGUUUUGUUUUGUUUUUGAUUUUUGUCUGUUUGUUUGUUUUUGUUGAAAUUGAAUUGAAAAUGUCAAUUAAUGGUGUUAUUUUUUUCUCCUUUGGAAAGAAAUAACUUUUCUGUCACUGAUAGAUUGGAAAUUGGGCUAGUUUAACUAAAAUUAUUUAUCCUCUGUAACAUUAUGUCAAUUCAAACAUAAAAUAGUAGAAGAAAUAGUGAACAGAAGCACAGCUUAUAUCUACUGCACCUUUUUUUCCUCGAUGCUGUUUAGAUUUGUAUAUUUCUGCAGUUCACUAUGUGUCCCUUUUGAUCCGGAGGAGCAGCGGGUCAUUUUCCAAUCCCUAGGCUCCUGUUUCGAGCAAGAAUGUGGGUAUUGUUUUUCAAAAACUGAAAAUGCUUCAUAACUGAAAGCAAAAUCUCUCUCGCUUUUUUCCCUUUCUUCCCCUCCCCCCCACACCUUCAUGCAUCUACAUGUCUAAUUCCGAGCCGUUCAGAAUUAGCAAACAGUCCCAAUUUUUUUUUUUCCUCCACUGGGGUUGUGAAGACGUCUCCAUGCUGUUAUUUGUCCACUAAAAGCCUCCAGGUCUCCUCCUCUCGUUCUCUCUUUACACUCCUGCAUUCAGCCCUCACAGUUCAUCUACGAGUCAUCGUUAAUCAUAGCAUCGUUAUGCAUUUCUGCUCCGAGACGUUUUGCACAGACGAGAGAAGAGGACAGGAAAGUUCAGUCGCUCGGGCAGAGUCCACGGAAAGUUGGAUUUUUUUUUUUCCUUUUCUCGUGUUUUUUUUUUUUUCUCUGUCAUUUUCAAAGAGUAUGAGAGACUGUGAUCCAUACGGCCGCCUCCACCAAACUUAAACAACCUGCGUUAUUCUUUUUAAUUCUUUCAGUUAGCAAGAACACAUUAUGUGUGUCUGUGUGUGUGUGUGUGU